UCUGUUUAAAAACUCAAGAACCGAUCAACAUGUAAGAAUAUGCGAUGAUGAUGAUGAUGAGCCAGACAAGAACAAUCCCGAGAUCCGAACUUACCGGUUGACGCAUUUCCCCCGAUCCUGAGAAUUUCCAUUCUUGGUUUUCAAGAUUUGUGGUAGAUUCCUUAAGUUUGGUGAUGAUGUCAAGUGAUACAGCUCAGAAGCCUUUGCUCCCAGAGAAGAGCGUAGACCCUAUGGCUGAAGAUUUCAACCGAAAUUCCUCGAGGAAGAGAAGAUUCCGCCGCUGUAAAAGCGCUCCUCGGGGAGAUUUCGGUUACAACGACGAUGCCAGACUUGACGAGGCGCCUCCUCCUCCGCCACUACGUAAUCUUUCCAUUUUCAAAGAUCUCAACCCGAGCUUCAGACGAGUCAUCCUGUUCUUGGCUUUGUAUUUAGGCAUUGGUGCUAUAUGCUUCUAUCUUGCAAGAAACCAGAUUUCUGGUAAUAAGACCAAUGGUUUGGUGGAUGCUGUCUAUUUCUGUAUAGUAACGAUGACAACCGUCGGAUAUGGAGACCUCGUACCGAGCAGUUCUGCCUCGAGGUUACUGGCUUGUGCCUUUGUCUUCUCGGGAAUGGUCCUUGUGGGUCAUAUUCUAAGCAGGGCAGCGGAUUAUCUGGUGGAAAAGCAAGAGGCUUUACUGGUUAGAGCCUUUCACUUGCGUCGAAACUUCGGUCCAACAGACAUUCUGAAGGAGAUUCAGACCAACAGGACGAGGUACAAGUGUUAUGUUACGUUCCUUGUCCUUGUGGUCCUCGUCUUGGCCGGAAUGGGUUUCCUCGUUGUGGUCGAGAAGAUGCAGUUUGUCGAUGCCUUGUACUGCGUUUGUUCCACGAUCACGACGUUGGGGUAUGGCGAUAAGAGCUUCAAUACCGGAUCUGGACGUGUAUUUGCUGUGUUUUGGAUAUUGACGAGCACGAUAUGCUUGGCUCAGUUUCUCCUCUACGUAGCCGAGCUUAAUACCGAAACCAGGCAGAGGGAAUUGGUGAAAUGGGUUCUGACUCGGAGAAUCACAAACAGUGAUCUUGAGGCUGCUGAUCUUGAUGAUGACGGUGUCGUCGGGGCGGCGGAGUUCAUUGUAUACAAGCUCAAAGAAAUGGGGAAGAUCGAUCAACAGGACAUUUCAGCGAUAAUGGAAGAGUUCGAGCAACUGGAUGUUGAUGAGUCGGGAACUCUGACAACUUCUGACAUUGUGUUUGCUCAAUCUUCUCAGUUCAAAAGAUGAGAGAUAUUAUCAAGCUUUUCACGACAGCAAGCGUACAAAUCAAAUCUUAACUCAGAUCCUAUGUUUUUGUCUGAAGAUAACAGAAGGCGAGUGUUUACUUUCUGAAUUUCAACUUCCAUGUCUGUGUAAUUAAACACAAGAAAUCAAUCUUCAUGAAAUCCA